UCAAAGUCCAGACCUGAAUCCAAUGGAGAAUCUGUGGAAAGAGCUGAAGACUGCUUUGGAUCAUUGCCCUGCUGCAUAAACCAAUACGCUGACAAACAUUCAUAAAGUAAUAGCCAGAUAUACAUUCCGAUUUACAAUUUUUUGAUAUAAAACAAUUCUUGGUUCCAAUAAAUCCAACUGCAGUUACAAAAGAGAUGUAAAGACAAGCAUAAGGAAGGUUUAUUAUAUGAAUUCAUAAAACACAAUAUUCAGAUUCACUUACUGGAAAACACAUUAAAUCAACUAAUCAAUCAGUUUUGAAAAAAGGAAAAAAAAAAACAUUUGUGCUUGACAGUCCUAAACAUGGGAGGGGAGUGGAGGGGGUGUAUAUAGAAAUGUAUAUAUAGUUAAAACAGGUAACACGGGUUUAAAAAACAGAGAAACAAAUAUGUUGAGAAAAAUACUUUAAGCAUUGAAUCUAAAACUCCUGAUAAGACUUGAAAACUAUGAUCAUAAAACUAAAAACAAAACUACAAAUCUACAUGUACUUAUCUCAAACAAGUGGUCUAAAAGUUAAUAAAAGUAACUAUGUAUAUAUAUUUUUUAUAUUUAUCUUCAGUUUCAUUCACACUCAAUAUUUCUGAAAGACUUUCUAAAUGCGAGCCAACAACAAUGUUAAUAUAUAAAAAAAACACAUUAAAAAGACAGUCAGAUGACGGACCGUCAACACACCGCAGCCGCUCUGACAUAAAUCGCAGCUACCUUAAUGCGCAUGUGCGUCAAACCCUUUAUUGAUGAAAAAAGGUCACGAACUCUGACCCUCCCAACAACUGCAGAAAACACAAUAUUAUUGCUUUGAAAGCAACACUUUUUUUUUAACAUAUUGGCUUUUCGGAAGGUGUGUUUGCCUUAUGGGGCACUGAUGUGAGAAGCAGCGGAUGAAGGUUUGCACAGUAUUAGAAUGGAUGGACAGACUCGCAAGAUUCAGCUUGUGUCAGCAGACAACAGCAUGGCUUUAGGACAUCGAAUCCAGAUCGUAACUGAUCAGCAGACUGGGCAGAAGAUCCAAUUUGUCACAGCACUUGAGCCUUCCUCCACUGGGAAGCAACAGUUUAUCUUGACGAAUGCCGACUAUUCCCCUGGCGGGAAGGUGAUUCUGGCCAAGCAGGAAGGCUCUCCUAACAAGGUGAUCCUCGCCUCUUCAGACGGCUCCGGGGUUAACCAGCUGCUAUUUGCUGCCCCGGAACUGUCAGGACAGCAUAUUCAGUUUGUGACUGAAGGCUCGGACCAGUCUAUUGUCAAGCCUGUGGUAGAGUACUGUGUUGUCUGUGGGGACAAGGCAUCAGGGCGUCAUUACGGAGCAGUCAGCUGCGAGGGCUGCAAGGGCUUCUUCAAACGUAGCAUAAGAAAGAACCUGGUGUAUACCUGCAGGGGCUCUGGAGAAUGCGCCAUUAACAAACUCCACCGAAACCGCUGCCAGUACUGCCGACUACAGCGCUGCAUAGCUCUGGGCAUGAAACAGGAUUCUGUGCAGUGUGAGCGGAAGCCUGUUGAAGUUGCCACCAGAGAGAAAUCUGUGAAUUGUGCGGCCUCCACAGAAAAGAUCUACAUCCGAAAGAACCUUUGUAGUCCUCUGGCUGCCACACCCACUUUUGUAUCUGAGAAGGAAACUGCUCGAUCCACAAGUUUGCUUGAGUCUAGCAUGUUGCUCAACAUCCAGCAGCCCUUCCCUAAGCUGGAAAACACCAUCCUGAUUCCAGCCUCCCCUGAUAAGGAUGAUCUAUCACAAGGGGAUCUUGGUACAUUGGCAAACGUAGUUACAUCACUUGCCCACCUUAACAAGACCAGGGAGCUGAGUGACAGCGGGAAUGACGCCAUGGAAGCUGAGACGCUCAGCAAUGGUGACGGCCCAAUGACAGACAUCCAAGGCGAUGAUCAGACUGCCAGUGAUAUCACUAGAGCCUUUGACACGUUGGCCAAAGUCCUACAUCCUGAUGACGGCUCAGCAGGAGAAUCUUUAGAAACAACGAUGCAGCUGAUGUCAGGAGACCAGUCAGGUCCUGUGGUGGAGCUGGAUGGGCCUCUGCUUUCUGAGAGCCAUAUCCCUUUCAAGUUAAUGAUGCCAUUGCCUGUACCAGAGUACCUCAAUGUCAACUACAUCUGUGAGUCAGCGUCCCGGCUACUUUUCCUCUCUAUGCACUGGGCUCGCUCCAUACCUGCCUUUCAAGCCUUAGGCGGUCAAGAAAAUGAGAUUAACUUGAUGAAAGCCUGCUGGAAUGAACUUUUUGCCCUGGGCCUGGCACAGUGCUCCAACGUUAUGAAUGUUGGUACCAUCCUAAGUGCUAUUAUCAACCAUCUGCAGACCAGCUUACAGGAAGAGAAGCUGUCCCCAGAUAGAGGAAAAUUGGUAAUGGAGCACAUCUGGAGGAUGCAGGAGUUCUGCAACAGCAUGUCCAAGUUGUCACCAGACUCUUAUGAAUAUGCCUACCUCAAAGCUAUUGUUCUCUUUAGCCCUGAUCACCCAGGCAUAGAUAACAUCCCGCAGAUAGAGAUGUUCCAGGAAAAAGCCUACACAGAGCUGCAGGACUACGUUACGAGAGCGUACCCAGAAGACUCUUAUCGGUUAUCCAAGCUGUUGCUGCGUCUUCCGGCCCUCAGGCUAAUAAGUGCAGCUGUCACAGAGGAGCUGUUUUUCGCGGGGCUCAUCGGCAACGUGCAGAUUGACAGCAUCAUCCCUUACAUCCUCAAAAUGGAAUCCACUGACUAUAACAGCCAAACAGUCUCUAGUGUCUGACAACUGUACCUUUUUUUUAUUUUAUUUUUUUUUAUUAAAUAGCUAUAUUUGGAUUGUGAAAGGUUGACAAACAGAGAAUUCAGAGAACUCCUCAAACCGGUUUUUGAAUGAGUAUAACAAACCAGAUCCAUGACUCUAUUAUCUCCAUUAUCUGUUUUGAAUUCUGUUUUCUCUCUUAACUUCUCUCCUCCUCCUGCCUUCUCCGUAAGCCGUCAGUCGAGCUCAGCUCACUAAUAGGACAACCUCCAGAGACAUUGAGAAUUCAAUUCUCAAAACCUGCAUAGCAGAUUUAGCUUUUUACUGUAUAGUAUUUUAUGCUUCAUACCAUUUAAGCCUUUGUAUUUUGUAUGAAUCAGCAUGGUUUGUUUUUUUGUAUUCAUCACUUCUCUGACAUGGCCAUACUUUAUGUUUAAGGUAAUUAUGAGAAAAGAAAAUGUUAAAUAAAUUUGUGAGAUGUUAUCAUUAAAGGUUACUACCUUUAUGUCUUAUUAGUUUGCUAAUCCAACGGACUGGCAGCAUCACGCCUCUAAUACUUGACAUCAUGUGGAUCUGAAGUAAGUGUAUAUAUAUUUAUAUAUAAAAUGCACCAAGAGAAAGCUAUACAAGCAAGAUUUGGUAAUUUGUGUAUUCUGCCAUUUUGGACAAAGAAAUGUUGAUGGACAAAGAUGGUCGUGUCAUUUGAAAAUAAAAGCGUCUUUCAGUCAUG